GGCCCCCAGGCGGAGCGGCGGGCACCGAGUCACCAGGCACGCCAGUGGGCUCCGAGUCAACUGGCAAGACUGCGGGCACCGAGUCGUCUGGCAAGACUGCGGGCACCGAGUCGUCUGGCAAGACUGCGGGCACCGGGUCGUCUGGCGGAACAGCGGGCACCGAGUCUGGCGGAACAGCGGGCACCGAGUCGUCUGGCAAGACUGCGGGCACCGAGUCGUCUGGCAAGACUGCGGGCAUCGGGUCACCAGGCAUCAGGUCAUUUGGCUCGCCAGCGGGCACCGCAUCAUCUGGCAAGGCAGUGGGCACACCGAGUCACCAGGCACGACAGCGGGCACCGGCUCAGGUACCGGAUCAUCUGGAUCAACAGCGGGCAUCGAGUCAACUGGCCUAAUAGGAUCAUCAGGCUGGAUCAGUUCAUUAUGCUGGGUAGAGGCAUCCGGCUGAGUAGAUGCUUCCGGCUGAGUAGAGGCUUCCGUCUGAGUAGAGGCUUCCGGCUGAGUAGAGGCUUCGGCUGAGUAGAGGCUUCCGGCUGAGUAGAGGCUUCCGGCUGAAGAGAGGCAUCAGGCAGGUUCUCAGACGGCAGGCUGACCGGUUUGGAUACUGGCAGGAUGGUACUGGUUGGAAAGAAUUUUCGCUUUUUUCUGGUUUUAACUACUGGAGCACUGCAAGUAAAUGCAGGUCUGCAAACGAAUGGAGCAGCUGGAGACAGAGAAGAGCUGGAGGAUGGAACAGAGGAGGGAGCAGUUGCUACAGAGGGCUUUUUUACAGGGUUAAAGGCAGGAUAGGUGCAGCGAGUGGGAACAGGGUACUGACAUACGGUAGAUAG